GAGCUCCACUAUAUCUAGAAAUCUCUCCAUGCCUGACUCCGAAGCUUGUCUUCAUUAUGUGUCAGAGACUCUUGGAAGUGCAACGCCCAGAAAACCUGUCUUAUCUGUCAGUGCAAGGAAAAUUAAGGACAAUGCAGCCGAUUGGCAUAAUUUAAUCCUGAAAUGGGAAACCCUCAAUGAUGGAGGUUUUGCUACUGCAAAUAACAUUGCCAACCUGAAAAUCAGUUUAUUGAGCAAAGACACGAUAGGAUUAGAGAGCAGCAGCCCGGCUUCUGAUGAAAAUGCAGAAAAGGAGCACCCAGAAUACAGCAGGGAGCUCGAGGUGCUGUGCGAGGGGCUGCAGACCACCCUGGAUGCUUUGACCAAAAUACAGCUGAAAAUGGAAAAGCUGUCUUCCACUACCAAGGGGAUUUGUGAACUAGAAGAUUACCAUUACAGGGAAGAGAGAAAACGGCCCCUCCUGUUCCACACGUGGCCCACAGCCUAUUUUUACGAGGUCUCCCGCAAGCUCUCCGACAUGUACGGCCGGGAGCUCCGCCUGAAGCGCACCGUCGUGGAGCAGCUGGCGCACACGGCCGACCGUGACCUGGCCCUGAGCUACCUGUCCAUGUGGCUGCACCAGCCCUACGUGGAGGGCGGCAGCAGGCUGCUUCUGGAAAGCAUGCUGCUUGAAACCGGGCACCGAGCGCUGUGACCUCCCAACGCGGCUCCGCGCUCCUCCAGGGGGCUCUGGACCUCAGCUUCUGCAGCUCCCACGGCGGACGGCCUUUCGGGUGGGCCCUGGGCCGCACGCCAAUCACGCCCCUGCCGCACCCCGGGAUCACGGCCCCUGCCGCACCCCGGGAUCACAGGCCCUGCCGCACCCCGGGAUCACGGCCCCUGCCUCACCCCGGGAUCACGGCCCCUGCCUCACCCCGGGAUCACAGGCCCUGCCGCACCCCGGGAUCACGGCCCCUGUCGCACCCCGGGAUCACAGGCCCUGCCGCACCCCGGGAUCACGGCCCCUGCCGCACCCCGGGAUCACGGCCCCUGCCGCACCCCGGGAUCACAGGCCCUGCCGCACCCCGGGAUCACGGCCCUGUGCUCUGGCGCAGCCACCCACUGACCUUAGGCUCUUCCAGACCUGAUCAUUUCACCAGCUGCCUGCGGUUAUCCCUGCCGCCUGCCGUCCGCCACUCAGCGUCAUCUGCACCUUUUGUGAAUGUGUCACUAUGAAGACUUCUGCCCGAAAUAAAUGAGCUCCUCAACAGAAUGACUAAGCGAUCUUGUUUUUGUAAAUUAGGUGUAUUUUACAUAGAUUACAUUUAUGUAGAAAAUCCCUGGUUUAAUAUUUUUGUGUAUUGUUUAAACUGUGGGACCGUAUUAGUUUUGUAAUCACAACUAAUCUUUAAAGUACCGUAGAGUCACUGAGCAAAGAC